AUGGAAUAUCGUAUCAGUUCCCAAUCUCCAGCAAUCUCCACCGUUGAGACUAGCGUCCCCAGCCCAAGUCAGACCGUAGCCAAAUGCUCUUCGCUAUCCUCCUUUGUUUGUCGCUCUCUGCGCACCAGCCCCAAAAGCCCUAGUUCCGUCGCAUCUCAGGUACGUGGGUUCCCUGACCCUGAGGCCUCCCUCAACCCAGAAGCGUCAGAAGCCGCAGGGACUCUAUUCGACCGACUCGAUUCGUUAUCGGUCCUCCAAUUGCCCAGCGAUGCUGGUCUCAGCGCUUCGCCACGGUCCGCACGCAGCUUUCCCCCCAGUAAUUUACCUUCAAUCUCCCAGCUACGAGGUCCAGACUCCAUUGAGCCGCAAUGGCGACAAGAUACUUCAACCAAUAGAGCUCAGUUGGGUUCCUUAGCUGGCGAAAACUGCCGAGUCGAAGCCGGAGCUCUUCUUGCAACUGAUGAAGUGGACAUUUUGAUCAUGAAUACGGGUGCUGAAGACGAGCAGGAUGGCGUCGAUGAGGAAGAAGAAGAUGAGGAACAGGAAGCAAAUCAAUUGAGACUUGAAGAAGACAUAGUCAGAAAUCUGGGAGGCAAUUUGGAUACAAAUGAUCAAGCACCA